AUGAUCCAUGAAGCAAGCUUCCGACGUCGUCUACAAGAUGGCCGGGCGUCAAUGAUCCAAGUCUACGCAAUGUGUGCACUCGCUGCCAGAUUUUCCGACAGCUCUCACUUCCACAAGGUACCUCGUGGAGCGCGAGGGAAGAUGUAUAUCUCUGAAGCCGAGCAUCUCGCCCAACAGUCACUUAUCGCUCCAAGCUUGGAAACGAUACAAGGUCUGAUCUUGAUCGGUUACUUCUAUGGCGGAGAAGGUGACACCAAGGCAAAACACAUCUACAGUGGGCUUGCCAGACUGCAUGCAGAAGCUCUGUCAUUUCCCGAUAUCCCCAAAGACGCCAUCCCGAUGCGCCAAGAAGAAUACCGCCGAACCUGGCUUUCCGUUCAUAUUGCCAGCUAUUGGACGGCGAGCGACAUGUCCAUCGACCCUGUGCUGCUUGUAUAUGGUCCAGACAUUGUUUCUCCAGAGGUAGAUGAUAUAAUAUUCCACAGCCUCGACCCGGAACAACUACAAGAAAAGAACAUUUCAUCGCCAUGCAACAUGUGGGCUUAUAUGGCGAAGACACUUGAUCUUUUCAACAGGACUAGCGCUGUUUUACGACGACUGAGCCAAGGCCAAAUUGAAUUCAACGAUUACUGCACAGAGGCAUCUGCGCUAGAAAACGCUCUUGAUGAGUGGGAGAAGAGCUUACCACCGGGCCUUGAAUACACUCAAACCAACAUUAGAUCUCUAGUCAAGCAGGGACUAGGUCGAACUUUUCUAGCCAUGCACAUCGGCCCACACCAUUUCCGGCAAAUGCUAUUUUUCCCAUUCUUAGAUGCGCGCGGGAACCGCGAUACUCCCAAACUUGCACAUAGAGCGACUCAGUGCAAAAGGAGUGCCAACACGGUCUCCGAGAUCAUACAGCACAGCACUGAGAUGGAUGGAUGCGAUCUGAAUUACUUUAUCUAUGGCCAUAUCGCCGUAAUAAGUUCUUGUGUUCAUCUUCACGCUCUGCUCUUCAGUGGUGAUCGCGACGAGCUUUCCAUGGCUCGAAAACGGCUAGUCUCUAAUUUUGAGUAUCUGAUGGAUAUCAAGUCUUACUGGCCUGUAGUCGAUUACUCGCUGGCUCGACUACGGAAGUUCCAGAAUUCGUGUCAAGAUUCAAUGUCAGAUCCGUUUUUAUUGGAUAAUUGGAUGGUCCGCUUUUUGACGGAACAUUCAUCUGAUAUCUCUGAGCGCCAAAUGCCCGUUUUACAAUCAUCUGAGGCUUCGAAGCUUGGACCUAAUACCAAAAUUGGGCAUACAAAUCUUCAAGGCAAAAAUUUGCCCGGACCCGCUCAGGCAAAUAACUCAACGCAAAUAGGCACCGGGGCUCAUGGUCUGUCAGACCUGCUGCAGGAUCAGCAAGUGACUAGCAAGGCCUUGGUGGAUCAUGCUAUUGAUUGGCUCCUCGACUGA